CGCCGGACGCCGUCGCCCGUCGCCGCCUGCCUCUCCGUCCCGCCCCGCCCCUCCCGCCAGACCGGCGCUCGGCGCCACCGGGCCCCUCUGGCGCCCCUGCAAGCCGGCGCCCGCCGCCCAGUCCGCUCUCCGCCGACUCCGGCACUCGGCCGGCAGCAAGCCAGCCCUGCCCGGCGGCCAGCCUUUAGCCCGAUUUGAGGACUCGAGGGCGGGUGUGUGAAUGGCUCAACCUUCUGUCAUUCUUGCAACUGCAAGUUAUGACCACACAAUCAGAUUUUGGGAAGCCAAGAGUGGUCGCUGUUACCGCACUAUUCAGUAUCCAGACUCGCAAGUAAAUCGCCUUGAGAUAACCCCGGACAAGCGGUUCCUAGCUGCUGCUGGCAAUUCUCAUAUCCGCCUUUUUGAUGUGAACUCAAAUAGCCCACAGCCGGUAAUUAGCUAUGAUUCGCAUACUAGUAAUGUGAUGGCUGUGGGGUUCCAUUGUGAUGGCAACUGGAUGUACUCAGGUUCUGAGGAUGGCACUGUGAGAAUUUGGGAUUUACGGACUGCCACUUGUCAACGAGAAUAUGAAAGUCGCGCAGCUGUCAACACCGUGGUCCUACACCCAAAUCAGAAAGAACUAAUAUCUGGCGAUCAGAACGGAAACAUACGUGUGUGGGAUUUGGCAGCUAAUUCAUGCAGCUGCGAGUUGGUGCCAGAGGUCGAUACAGCUAUAAGAUCUCUGACAGUCAUGUGGGAUGGGAGUAUGGUUGUUGCUGCAAAUAACCGUGGGACAUGUUACGUUUGGCGCUUGCUUAAGGGUACUCAGACAAUCACCAGCUUUGAGCCCCUCCAUAAGCUGCAAGCCCAUGAUGGCUACAUUCUGAAGUGCCUGCUUUCACCUGAAUUUUGUGACCCUAACAGGUAUCUUGCAACUGCAUCAUCUGACCACACUGUAAAGAUUUGGAACGUGGAUGGCUUCAAGUUGGAAAAAACUUUAGUCGGUCACCAGCGCUGGGUUUGGGACUGCGUUUUCUCAGUAGACGGUGCUUACUUGAUAACAGCUUCGUCUGAUACGACGGCAAGACUGUGGACAAUGUCGACUGGGGAGGCCAUCAGGGUGUACCAGGGGCACCACAAAGCAACCGUCUGCUGCGCCCUCCAUGACGGGGCUGAAUCGGCACCCUCAUAAGCAACACCGCCGCGACGCGGCAUGGUUCUGUACAUAUCUCUGUCGAUUCGAACAACGCAGCAGGGUGCUCUGCUAGAUUUUCAGCGCCGUGGCGGCUCGAGGACAGGCGGUUUUAAGAUUUGAUUUGCUGUAGUGCUAGGACCAUGUGUAACAAUGUAUAUGCAGUGCAGCCUUUGGGGGCUGCGCACAGGUGAUUUGUAUGGUUGCUUACAUUGUUGGAUAUUUAUUUGUGCACAACCGAAAUAAUAUGCACCCACCGCCAUUGGUUCCGCUUGGUAAAUGCGAGCCAGAAAUGUGUUCGACGUGGACUGUUUUUCU